AUGCCGUCACUCUCCUCCAGUGCUUCAUGUGAGCGGUUUGCCGGCAGCGCCCGCAAGAUCAGCCGCGCUACCGUAUCGAUGAGGGUGGUGGGUCGAUCGGUUGCCUCAUCUCACAUCGACAAAGACUGUUCACCGUCAUCGGGCAACGUUGAGUCGGAUCCGCUCGUCGCAAAGAAGAGCAGCUUCUAUGAUGCUUUGGUCUCGAGCGGCCGACCGGCUUCCUCGCUUAGCGCGAGUUUAGAUUCAAAGUGCGUGUUCUUUGAUUUUGGCAUUUCCGCUGCUGCUGGACCCCGGCGAGACGCGCGUUGCCCCGCCCACUUUGCAACGGCACAGCGCAAUCACAAUGCCAAGCCGACCGGAGACUCCGAACCAGAAAGGAUCUCUGCUGUGCUCGUAAGGAGAGCGAGCCGUGCACACUGGAGCGGAGCAGCCAAAGACUGCGUCUGGCCAGCACAGGCAAAUCUGGCGCGCCAACCUCCGCUUUCGGCAUCGACUUCUUCAGACAGCGUCCCGUGCGCAUGGGCCCCCACCGUCGAGCCAGGCCACCAUGCCGCCUCAUCUCGUCUUCGCGGAGACUCGACCCCUCUUUCCGCCCCACCUCCUAGUCACUCUCACGAAAUGCGUUCCAUUGGUGCCACCUCGCUCGUUGCCGCUGUUGCCGCCGUCGCCGGUCUGGCCGGUAGCGCCCAGGCUCAGCUCGACCCUUCGCUCGUCACCGGUCUCUCGUCCGGCUGUGCCUCGAGCCUCGUUGGCAUCGUGACCAGCUCCAACAUCUCGUCUUGCCUCUCUCUCCCCAGCGCCGUCGGUGCGCUCACCAGCGCAGGCAACAACUCGGUUGUCCCCGGCCUCAACCAGUACCUCAGCGGUAGCAUCUGUGGCUCGGGCAAGACCGCCUGCACCAAGGACCAGCUCUCCGCCGCCAACUCCACCCUCCUCCAGGCGUGCGGCUCCGACAUCCAGGGCUCCAACGGCGGCAUCCCCGCGCUCGUCGCCUACUUUAUCAACUCCUACGACCGCCUCCGCACCGCAGGCUGCCUCCAGGACUCCCAGGGCGAAUACUGCCUCGUCAAGGAGAUGUACACGCUCCAGAACGUCACCCAGAUGCCCAUCUCGUUCAGCGGCAUCCAGAGCCUCCUCUCCAACCAGUCCACCCAGCAGCAGAGCCUCAUGGCCCUCUCGGCCAACAAGACCGCCUUCUGCUCCGACUGCACCCACGCCCUCUACUCCACCCUCUUCCCCACCAACUCCAACGCACAGCUCGCCGGCGCCGUCAACCAGACCUGCAACUCCACCUUCCUCGACGGAAAGGUCCCCUCCACCAUCAAGAGCACCGCCAACGGAAACUCCACCUCCGCUUCUUCCUCCUCGGGCUCGGGCUCGGGCAAGAACGCCGCCGCCGGUAUCAACCUCGGCUCCGUCGCCGCUUUCGGCUCCGCCCUCGCUGCCGUCGCUGCCGGCCUCGCCCUUCUCUAA